AUGUACAAUGAUGAAGAGCUUAUAACAGUUCAACCAGAAGCUUUUAAAGCAUUAACACCUUCGAAGAAAUUCAACGAAACAUCAAAUAAACUUCUCGAUUUAGCAUAUUCAGACGAUGGAAAUAAUUUGAUUGUGUCUGCAGAAGAUGUUGUACUUGUUUAUGAUCUUCGAGAUGGAUCUAAAGGAAAAUCAAUAGAGUGUAAGAAAUAUGGAGUCAAUUGUUUGGAAUACUUGGACACAGUUAAAUGUGUUCACAGUGGUCCAAAUGACACGACAAUUCGAUUACUUCAUCUACAAAAGAAAUCAUAUGUCCGUUAUUUUGAUGGCCACCGUAUGCCGGUUAAUUUUAUACGAACAAAUCCGAAAGACCGUGAAAAGUUUUUGUCAAGUUCUGUGGAUGGAGAAAUACGAAUGUUUGAUACGAGAACUUUUGAGAACUAUGGAUGCCUUCUAGCUGGACACACUCCUCUAAUUGCUUUUGAUCCUGAUGGAAUUCUAUUCGCUGUUGCAACAAAAUCGGACACAAUCAAACUAUUUGACAUGAGAUCAUUCGACUUGGGUCCAUUCCAAUCAUUUAUCAUUACUAAAACUGAUAAUGAUGAAUGGUCGGAUAUCGAGUUUUCUCCAUGUGGGAAAUUUAUUUUAAUUUCCACGACAGCUGGAAGUGUUAAAUGGAUUGAUGCUUUCGAUGGAACACUGAUUCACAGCUUUUCCCAACACAAAAAUCCAAAUAAAAUCCCACUUCGAGCAUCGGUCUCCACUGAUUCUGGAUUCGUAAUGGUAGGAAGCGCAGACCGAAACGUUUAUAUCUAUUCAACAGAAACGGGUGGAGUGACUUGCAAGCUUCCAACUCCUUAUCCUGAACCGUCACAUGUAGUUGCUUUCAAUCAGAAACAAUUCCUGAUGACAUCUUUAGGACGAGAAGUUAUAUUAUGGGCACCCAGUGAAGAAUACACUCAGAAUCUUUAAACAAAAAGAUGCAAAUAGCACAUUUCAAAUCAUUCCCCAUUGAUCUCGAUUCAACAUUUUAAAAUUACGAUAUUUAUAAUUUUUACUCACAAAAACAACAAUAUGAAUGUAACAACAAGUUGAGAUUCGAAAUGAAGAAAGUUCAAUAUC